GAUAUUAUUUCCUGUGUGGAAUAUGACAAAACUGGCGAAUUCUUGGCUACCGGUGAUCGGGGUGGACGAAUUGUGAUUUUCCAAAGAGACACACAGCAAAAACCACAAAUCCGUGUGAAUCACAAUGUCUAUUGCACAUUUGUUAGUCAUGAACCGGAAUUCGAUUACUUGAAAUCCCUGGAAAUCGAGGAAAAAAUCAAUAAAAUACGGUGGUUACCCCGAACCAACCAUGCCCGAUUUCUCCUUUCAACGAAUGAUAAAACUAUCAAAUUGUGGCGUAUAACCGAGCGUCAUAAACGAGCCACCGGCUACAAUUUGAACCCAGACCAAUUGUACAAUUCCAAUUCCCUGGACGAUCCAUCCGCCUAUAAUCAUCAGAGUGAAUCGAUCAAUAACAACAAUACCGACCGUCCGAUUCGAUCCGACAGUUCCCGUGUAAACACUCCCCGUUUCUGUUCCCCAGCCGAUCUACGUGUGCCUCGUUUCGAGGACGUCGAACCGACGGUCGAGGCGAUUCCCAGACGUGUUUUUGCCAACGCGCAUGCUUAUCUCAUCAAUUCCCUGUCAGUAAAUUCCGAUCAGGAGACGUUCCUAUCCGCGGACGACUUGCGGAUUAACCUGUGGAAUUUGCAAAUAACCGAUCAGUCCUUCAGUAUCCUUUCUGAUAGUUCGGUUCAUGUGUACUGUGAGCAUAUUGUGGAUAUCAAACCGAAUAACAUGGAAGAUCUGUCCGAGGUGAUCACUGCGGCCCAGUUUCAUCCGUCCGCAUGUGCUCUGUUCGUGUAUAGCAGUAGCAAGGGGACCAUACGCCUGUGUGACAUGCGCCAGCGUGCGUUGUGUGACAAUCAUGCUCUGUCUUUCGAGGAAACAGACGAUCCGAGAGGCCGUAGCUUCUUCUCCGAGAUCAUCAAUAACAUAUCAGAUUUGAAUUUCAGUCAUUCCGGUCGCUAUAUCCUCAGUCGGGACUAUUUAACGGUCAAAGUUUGGGAUUUGAAUAUGUCACGGGAACCAGUGGAAACCUAUCUGGUGCACGACUAUUUGCGCACAAAACUCUGCUCUCUGUACGAGAACGAUUGUAUAUUUGACAAAUUUGAAUGUCAAUGGUCUCCAGAUGACCGGUACAUCAUGACCGGUUCAUACAACAAUCAUUUUUGCGUGUUUGACCGUUUCUCGGACUAUGAGGUUCUGCUGGAGGCAUCCCGUGAGGUGAUGGAAAGUUCACCUGUGGGCAAACUUCGUCCACGAAAAGUGGUAUGGGGUCUGCCGGUUGUCGCGUGGUCUGAAGACAAGAUCAGUGUGGAAAGUAUGGAUUUCAACCGAAAACUCUUACAUUUAUCCUGGCACCCGUACGAGAACAGUGUGGCUCUGGCCGGGACCAGUACACUCUAUCUAAUCGACUAUUAUCCGGAAUUGGAGAAUGGGGAGACCGCCACAAAACCCGGAAUGGUUGUCAUGGAUAUGCAAGAUGUGGAUGAAGAGGAACAGAAUGCCGAAAUGCGUGAUCUGACCGCGGUGAAUCGAGUCGAUGCAGCCGGGGAUCUAACCGCUACCGCGACGAUCGCAUAA